AAUUUCCUUUAGCAUAUUUGCCCUUUUCUUUCAUUGAGAUCAGACCUGCAACUACACUAUUUGAUCCAAAUGCUGUUUUUUGUCUUACAGCUCUGUAAUGAUGGCUGCUAAUAACUUACCAAGAGAAGUGGACGCGGAGCAGAUUUUUGGCAUGGCUGAGAAGGAGAUGGAGUACAGGGUUGAAUUUUUUAACAAACUCACCCAUACGUGCUUCAACAAGUGUGUCGAGAAAAAGUACAAGGAGGGUGAGCUAUAUAUGGGUGAAAAUACCUGCAUUGAUCGUUGUGUCUCGAAAUAUCAGCAGGUGACAAACAUCAUUGGUCAGAUGCUCUCUAAUGGAGGACGACCCAUGUGAAAUUCUACACCUGAUCAUAUAAUUUUUGUUCAAAGAACAACAGUAUAUCAUAUUUACUGCUAGUCAGACCUCUUGCAUUAUAUGAGAAUCAACAUUCUGUUUCCCAUUUUUUAAAUUCUAUUACAUUAGACGGUUGGGUUAAGGGGGAAGGAGUACUAUGAGAAUUAUAUCGAAACUUGUCUAAAACUUCCCGCUGAUACCACUAGACGGUUUGGCCUGGUGAAGAAGGGAGUUGUGUAAAACUUUGAUUUUUCUUUUAAAAUUUUUGGUAGUGUAUUAUUUCUUGGUUGAUAUAGAAUAACAGAUGGAUU